AUGAAUUGGAAUAGUUGCGUGGUGUUUCUGUUCUCCACGUUCGUUUUUAGUACGAAUGCGGUUAUCAAUUUUGUUGAUUCUCAACACAAUGUGAUCCUAAUUUUGACUGAUGACCAAGACAUUGAGCUAGGCUCGAUGAAUUUCAUGCCAAAAACCACCCAAAUUAUGAAAGAGCGAGGAACAGAAUUUACAUCAGGAUAUGUGACAACACCAAUUUGCUGUCCUAGUCGUUCUACUAUUCUUACUGGAUUAUACGUACAUAACCAUCAUGUGCAUACGAAUAAUGGAAAUUGCACAGGAGUCGAGUGGAGAAAAGUUCAUGAGAAAAAAUCAAUAGGAGUUUAUUUACAAAACGCAGGAUAUCGAACGGCAUAUCUCGGAAAAUAUUUGAACGAAUAUGAUGGAUCUUACAUUCCCCCUGGCUGGGAUGAAUGGCAUGCGAUUGUCAAGAAUAGCAAAUUUUACAAUUAUUCAAUGAAUUCGAACGGAGAAAGGGAGAAAUUUGGAUUUGAAUACGAGAAAGAUUAUUUCACAGAUUUGGUCACCAAUCGCUCUCUUCGGUUUAUCGAAAAGCAUAUUAAGACACGAGCUUGGCAGCCAUUCGCCCUUAUCAUCUCCUACCCGGCACCUCAUGGUCCCGAAGAUCCAGCUCCUCAGUUUGCACACAUGUUUGAGAACGAGUUCAGUCAUAGAACUGGAAGUUGGAAUUUCGCGCCAAACCCUGACAAGCAAUGGUUACUCCAAAGAACUGGUAAAAUGAACGAGGUUCAUAUUAGUUUUACGGAUUUGUUGCAUAGACGAAGACUUCAAACUUUGCAAAGUGUUGAUGAAGGAAUUGAAAGACUAUUCAAUUUACUCCGCGAACUAAAUCAAUUGUGGAAUACAUAUGCUAUAUACACAUCUGAUCAUGGAUAUCACCUCGGUCAGUUUGGUCUAUUGAAAGGCAAAAAUAUGCCAUACGAGUUUGAUAUUCGAGUGCCAUUUUUUAUGAGAGGCCCUGGAAUCCCUAGAAAUGUUUCAUUCGAUGAAAUGGUGACAAAUGUGGAUGUCGCACCAACUAUGCUAGCAAUUGCGGGUGUAUCAAAACCAGCAAGAAUGAACGGAAGAAGUUUGCUGGAACUGGUGGCUUUAAAAAAGAAGAAGAGAAAGCAUGCAGAAGCCUUGAAGCCGUGGAGAGAUACAGUUUUGAUAGAAAGAGGGAAAAUGCCAAAGUUGAAAAAGAUUCGGGAUCGAUAUAUGAAACAGAAGAAGAAGUUCAACAAGGAGAACCGGCUGUCCAAGGAAUGCAAACGGAGGAAGUGGCAGAGAGAUUGUGUAGAGGGGCAGCUGUGGAAAUGCUACUACACUGUGGAGGACCGUUGGCGCAUCUAUAAGUGUCGUGAUAACUGGGGAGAUCAGUGCCCGUGUAGAAAGAAACGCGAUGUGAACGAUGAUGACGACGACGUUGAUGAGUUUCUGGAUUAUGUGGACCAAGAAAAUUUCUCCUUCGAUAACGAAUGGUACCAAGGAGAAAUUGAUGAUCACGACGAUUUUGAUUUUGAGAGUCACGAGGGUUUUUCACGUCAGAAGCGUGGGAUACUAAGCAAGUGUAGUUGCUCCAGAAACAUGUCACAUCCCAUAAAACGAUUGGAACGAAAACUGUCAAAGAAGCAUUAUCUUAAUUAUAAGAAAAAGUUACAAACUGGCUCACUGAAACCCAAAGACUGUUCUCUUCCACAAAUGAACUGUUUCACGCACACAGCAUCGCACUGGAAAACGCCCCCAUUGUGGCCUGAAGAGCUUGGCGAGUUCUGUUUCUGUCAGAACUGCAACAACAACACGUAUUGGUGUCUUAGGACCAAAAACGAGACGCACAACUUUUUGUAUUGCGAAUUUGUGACCGAAUUCAUCAGUUUUUAUGACUUCAACACGGAUCCAGAUCAGUUGAUUAAUGCUGUAUACUCUCUGGAGAUCGGGGUACUCGAGCAACUCAGCGAACAAUUGCGGAUGCUUAGGAAAUGCAAAAAUCGUCAGUGUGAGAUCUGGAGUGCAUCGCAGAAGUUGAGAUCUCCAAAGUUGGUCGAUUUGAGGGUCAAUGAGAAAUCUUUCCUUAAUUAUAAUCUUGAGAAAACGUAG